AUGAGUUGGAAUCUGCUAGAGCGCUUUAUAGAAUCCGAGCACUUCAACCAGGAUGCAAGUCUCGCGGUAGCAUAUCUCGCUCGGUAUGCAGACCACGUUGGAAUCCACUAUGUGCUCUGUUCAAAGUUGCGCCAGUUCGCCUAUGAGGAGCUCGAGUUCUUCCUCCCGCAGCUAUGCCACCUCCUUAUCAGCAUCGACAAUGAGUCGAUGGCCCUGGAGGAGUUUAUCAUCGACUUGUGCGAGGAGUCGGUCAACGGGGCGCUGCUGACCUUUUGGCUGUUCCAGACGUAUCUGCACGACCUCGCCAGUGCGCCCAAUUCGGUGGCCUUUAAGACAUGUCGCCGCAUAUACAACCGCGUGCAGCGCAUCGUCUUUGGCUCGGCUGAGCCGCAACGGCGCGAGAAAAUAAAGGAGAACAUUCUGCCCGUCACUGUCCUGUCGAGCCUGGUGCUUGCGAGCAUAGCCGCCCCGUUUCUGCCAGCCCAUGCUGGACCAUUGGCCAUUGCGCAGGCGCGGAAGCCACGACCCGUCGAGGAUAUCAUCUCGGAUAAUGUGCAGACGGCCAAGGUGGGGCGGAGCAAGACGGUCACGGGAGCAUCGUCGAGAGCGAAGCCAAAGAAGGAGACGCUGCAACAUUCAGAUCCCGAGGACAGCCGUUCCGUUAGGCCUGUAUCGCCCAGGCCCCGCGACCCCAAGGAUUUGAGGAAACAGGUGGACUUACCCGCUGAAGUCGACAUACCCCUGCUGUCACCCCCAACAUUAAAGGACGGCAUUCCUUCGCAGAGCCAGCAUCAUCGGAUCGUACGGAUAAACCCCGCCGAAGCAACGAGUCUCAACAGCGCCGAGCGAGUACCCUACUUGCUCAUGGUUGAGGUCCUGGAAGAGGAUUUCGACUUUGAUCCUGAUACGGAACAGAACCAGCAAUUGCUCGAGAAGCUGAUGCUAGAAAAGGGCACCUCAAGACGGCGUCUAUUCGACAUAACUCAUGCUGAAUACCUUGCCUUUGACCGGACCCCACCCAACGGAUUAGACAGCGUCUUUGAGCCUGCUACUGGAGAUCUCGGUAGUCCCGAGCUCAUCAAAGAUGCAGACGACGACAUAGUCUCUGGUUUAUCGACACCACGAACAUCCGACUCACAAAUCAGCAGAUCAAACAGCCCUGUUCCGAGUAGAAGAAUGACGGUUCCAGCAAACAUGGCCAAAACUAACAACGCCCCUGACCAGCCAGACUUUUCAGCACUUGCAACUCACAUGCGCACAGCUGCUCAAAUGCUCGCCCAGCUCGAAGCAAGCGGCGCAAAACGGCCCAAGACUGAAGUAGCUGCGAUCAAAGCCAAGAUCAUUGCAAGCAUGCAGAUGUUGGAAGAGCAAAACUUUAUGAGCGAAGACCAGGGCCCUACCUUUGACACGAUAAUGGCAGAAGCUGAUCCAGUGGCAAUGCCGGGUGAGUCGGAAGAACUUGAGGACGGUUUGGUGGUCGCAACCAACGCUAGUGCAGGCGCCGCUCGCAUGGAAAACGACCUCAAGACGGGUGGUAUGCGGAGAAAGGGCGAUCGAGAUGACCCUAGUGCAGCGACAUUUGGAGAAGAAUGGAGCGCAAAGCGAGAGCGUAUACGGCGGUCUUCACCAUACGGCCAUAUGAAGAACUGGGACUUGAUCAGUGUCAUUGUCAAGACGGGAGCAGACUUGCGUCAAGAGGCCUUUGCUUGCCAGCUUAUCCAGGUCUGUUCGAAGAUAUGGGAGGAAGCCAACAUUCCAGUAUGGACGAAGCGUAUGCGCAUUCUUGUCACUGGCGAAUCCUGUGGGCUCAUCGAAACCAUUACCAACGGCGUCUCGCUCCACUCCUUAAAACGAAGCUUAACCCUCGCCAGCAUAGCAGCUGGUACCAACCCUCGCAAGCGAAUCGCGACUUUGAAGGACCACUGGCUCAAGACUUUUGGAGAACCAGACUCGGAAGCCUAUAUCGCUGGUGUAGCUGCCUUUGGUCGUUCCCUAGCUGCCUACAGCAUGAUAUGUUACGUUUUGCAGCUCAAAGACCGUCACAAUGGAAACCUGCUCAUCGACAACGUGGGCCAUAUCAUCCACAUCGAUUUCGGUUUCAUGCUCUCCAACUCUCCAGGCUCCAUGGGCUUUGAAGCUGCGCCAUUCAAGCUCACACAAGAUUACGUCGACGUCCUUGGUGGCGUAACAUCGCCCGCGUUCGAAGAGUUCAAGACUCUGUGCAAGAAGGCGUUCCAAGCACUGCGGAAGGAUGCCGAACGGUUGAUUAUGCUGGUUGAUCUUAUGAGCAAGCAGAGUAGCAUGCCGUGUUUCGCUGCCGGUGCGGCUAGUGUGACGAAUGCUCUCAGAGCAAGACUCAUGUUGCAUUUGUCUAGGGAGGAGGCAGAGGGGUUUGUGGAGGAACUUGUUGCUAAGAGUGUGGGGAGUUAUUAUACCCGACUUUACGAUACUUUCCAGUACCGCACUCAAGGCAUAUACUAG